UUCAGAAAGGAUGAACCGGCGGCGCUUCUUUCCUGAUCUAAAUGAGAUUCACCUGCUCAUCGUGGGAUCCUUUGGAUUCUCCCCGCUCCAAAUCGGAGUAGGCCUGGCAACUGGGCAAGGAAUUCCGGCCCGACGUCAGCCAGCGAUUGUCACUUUUGGGAUCGGAGAAUCAACAGAAAGUUUUAAAGCACGUAGCAUACACUAGUAAAUCACUAGCAGCUGCUCCGAACGCCACACUCGCGAUCUAAAUUUUAGUACUCAUUUUAUACCUUCACCUGCGUUUAGCAAUCUGCGUGCAUGUUGCGAGCCCUUCUGCGUCCCAGCAUGAAGCGUUUGUCCCGCCGGCCCGUCUCCGACGAGCAGAAGGCCCAGGCGCAGGCACAGAUGCGCAGCCAGAAUCCCAGCGAGAACACAGACCAAAACCAGGACCAAGAACCCAUAGAGAUCUACCUGUCGGUGGCCACCGUUUCGUCGCUGCCGCCCACGCAGUCGCGUCCACAAAUGCAGGCUCCUCUGCCGGAGGAGCAGCAGCAGCAGCAGCUGGAGAAAGAGAAGGAAAAGGAAAACGAACCGGAGUCGGAGGUGGGCGCCCAGGGCGACAACGAGCAGUCGGACAACGAGGCGGCGGGUCCAGCACCAUCAGUUCAUCAGCAUCCCACCUCCGAGGACCGUCCUGAUCCCGCCCAGCUCAAGGUGCUGGCCGGACGCCAGCAGAUCGCCAGACUGCUCACCCGCUUGGGGGACGGCGACGGCGAGGGCGAUGGCGAGGCCAACCAGAUUGUGAUGGAGCUGCUGGACAGCCGGGAUGGCUCAUCAGCCAUUGAGCGCGUCUCCGAGCAGCUGUUGCGCGUGCUGCGCGAACAGACGCUCAGCGAGGCGGGCAUUUCGUGCGGCAACGAGCGGUAUCGCUGCUUCAAGUGCGUGCUGCAGAACUACGCCAAGAUCCAUGCGGCGCGCCACUUUAUGGAGCAGCUGCCGCAGCUGGACAAGGAGCAGCAGCAGCAGCAGCAGGAUGCGGAUGCGAACGAGGAGCAGGAGCGAGAGCGGGAGCUGUUCGCUCGCGUUGUGGCCGAGGAGGUGCUGCAAAUACCCGAGCUACUGCGCCAGCUGUGGGCGUCGCUGGAGAAGAUGGAGUUCUUCAACGAGGACACCGCCUUCAAGGCCUAUCUGGAGGCGCGGCGCCACCCGCAGGCGCGCAUUCUGUGCGAGCUGAUGCUCACCCGCAUCUCGCGCGUCUUUCUGUGCAUUGUCAGCUCCACGUUCUUCCUGGACUUUAGCGAGCACGAGCUCACGCACAUCCUGAGGAACUGCUACCUGAGUGUCAACUCGGAGAUCGAGAUAUUCCUCUCGGUGAUCCUCUGGCUGGAGCACAACUGGUGCGAGCGCGGCGACUGCGCCGAGCGCAUCCUGUCGGAGGUGCGCUUCUCCCUGAUGCCCACCUGGUACCUGUGCACCCUGGACAGGGCCAACCGCUGCCGCCACUUUUCCCGGGUGAUCAACAGCCCCGGGGUGCAGCGAAUGAUUGCCCAGGGAUUGGAGGAUGCCGUCACCCUGCAGAGCAAGCCCCGCUCCAGUGGUGCCGCUGGAGGAGCUACCAAAACCACCAGAGCUCCUCGCGCUGGCUUCCCGCUGCUGCAGGACGAGGAGAAUCACUUGGCGCGCGACUGGAUCGCAGAUACCGAGUGCCGUCACCACCACAAACGCCACUGCGAGCGCUUCGUUUACCCCACCUACGAUGUGUUCAAGGAGUACCUGGCCAGGAUCAUUUGCUGUGCGCCCAACUACUGGCGCACCUUCCGCCCGGCCCAGGAGGUGUACCGCAGCGAUUUCCGCUGCUGCCUGCCGCCUCACUUCAACUAGCCGUUGUCCAUCGGCCACCUGCUCUUUUCGGCUCUGCGGUUCAAAUUUUACGUGCAAUCCUGAUCAUACAUCCUGUCUGUCCCCGUCCUUUUAGCAACUUAACCCGGACUUUAUAGAGGGGACCUAGAUAACUCCCGCUGAUUCCAUCGCAGCCCACUGGCCAAGUGUCCCCAUAUUAUCAAUUAUUUUCCAUAUUUUUCAAUAGGAAGAUGAACAACCCACAACCCAUACGUCACGUUUUAUAUCAAUAAAAUUGUUACAGCUGGCUAUGAGAUACCAGGCGAACAGAAGCGA